CCGGUGGAGACGGGUGGUGGUUUCGUUGGCCUGGCCCAAGGCUCAGGCUGACUCCCUGUGGAUUCAGGCUGACAGCCGAAGUUGCUCUAAGGGGAUCUAACGGGGUCACUCUGUCAACAUGGCGAUGUGGAUCAAACCUGGAUACUACGACCAUGCGUAUCAUCACAAAGAGAGCAAAUAUGUGGUUAAGGAGUACAGCAGCUCUAAGACGAUGGAGGACAGAUAUGAGUACAAAACACAAGCUUGCAUCCAGGAAGUGGUGAGGUCAAAGAUGUUGGACAAGUAUGUGCGUGAGGAGCCGAUGAUCAGGGGUCCACAGUUCCUGGUCCGACUCAGAUCCCACACAGUGUUUGAAAACACCCCCAUUACAAUUUUCUGCACUGUGGAGGGCUACCCCACUCCCAUUGUGAAAUGGUACAAAGAUGGAGUCACUCUGGACUUGUCGUCUGGAAGAUACCUGGUUCAGUCCAAAGGUGGAGUGCACUCACUGGAAAUCCCAAGAUGUACAACUGAUGACACAGCCCAGUACACUGCUGUGGCUGGCAAUCUGCACGGACAGGCCUCCACUCAAGCCUCGGUCAUUGUCAAAAGGUACAAACAAGAGGAGGAGGCCUGCCCUUAUGGAUGGAUGCCCUUCACUGCUGCAAUGCUUCCACAGAUCACCUUCACUAAAAUCAAUAUCACAUUUCUGGAGACAUUUGGUCCAGUUUUUGCUACUGAGGGGGAGUCUGCUACUCUGACUGCCACUAUGACACUGAGCCCCAACCUGGCAAACCUGCAACCUGAGGCACAGUGGUACAGAGAUGAUGUCCGCCUCACUGAUUCUAAGUGGGUCAAGAUUGAGACGGGCAGAGGAGUGACUACUUUGACCCUCCCCAACCUGUACAAAGACGAUGAGGGCCUCUAUACCCUGCGUAUGGUUACCAAAGGAGGAACUGCUGAACAUAGUGCUUUUGUCUCUGUAGCAGAUGGGCCUCCCCCCAUGCCCAAUGCCCCUGGGGCUCCUAUGGACCUCAAGAUUCAUGAUGCAAACAGAGACUAUGUGAUUGUGUCCUGGAAACCUCCUAACACCACUACUGAGGGCCCAAUCAUAGGAUACUUUGUGGACAAAUGUGAAGUUGGAACAGAAAACUGGACCCAGUGCAAUGAUCACCCCAUUAAGAUCUGUAAAUACCCAGUGUCAGGGCUGUUUGAAGGACACUCCUACUACUUCAGAGUGAGAGCUAUUAACUCCCAUGGCACCAGCAAACCAUCCCGUAUGUCCGAUCCCAUUGCCGCCCUGGACCCCACCGAAUUCGAGAGGCUUCAUACCAAAAAACUGGGCGGAAAACUGGAUGUUGUGUCUUACCAUGAUGACCAUGAAGAGGAGGGACACCCACCAGCCACUCCAACAGGGAUCUAUGCCUCUGAAACUGACAGGACCUAUGUUGUCCUGAGCUGGAAGGCCCCUCCAUAUUUUGCCAAAGCUCCCAUGUGGUACUACAUAGAGAAGUCCAUGGCAGGCAGUGGUGCUUGGCAGCGUGUGAACACUCAGGUGCCCAUUCGCUCUCCACGUUAUGCCGUCUUUGACCUUGCUGAGGGAAAAGAAUAUCAGUUCCGGGCUUUGGCUGCCAAUAUGUAUGGCACGAGUGAGCCAUCAGAGCCAUCCAAACCUGUACAGACUCAGGAACUUAAAGGUGUGCCAUCCGCUCCUGGUCAGGUGGUUGCUACUAGAGAGACUGAUACUUCUGUGCUUAUCCAGUGGGCUCCCCCUAAGGAACCUAACAAUUUGAUUGGUUACUACAUUGACCAGUGUGUAAAAGGCUCUAAAGACUGGACCUCUGCCAACCACAAACCACACAAGAGCACCAAGUUUGUGGUGAGUGGAUUGACGACCGGAGAGACCUAUGUUUUCCGUGUCCAGGCCAUCAAUGAGCUGGGACUGAGUGACGAGUCCCAAGAGUCUGCCCCACUUAUGGUCAAGGCCGCGCUGACCCAUCCCUCUGCUCCCUAUGACAUUGCUCUGUUGAACUGUGAUGGCACCUCAGUGGUUUUGAACUGGAAGAAGCCCCUUCACUCUGGAGGGUCAAAGGUUAAGGAAUAUUAUGUAGAUAAGAGACGUAGUGGGACAAGUGUAUGGAGAGAGGUUCACAUCCCUCCAGUGACAGAAAGAGUUUAUAAGGUGGAGGGCCUGACCACAGGAGCAAUCUAUCAGUUCCAGGUAUAUGCUGCCAGUCUCGCCGGACUCGGACCAGCUUCAAAACAUUCAUCUGAUAUCAUCUGUGAUGCCUGGAAUAUGCCUGAACCUGGUCCUGCCUAUGACCUUACUUUCUGUGAAGUCAGAGAUAAUUCGAUUGUGGUUGAGUGGAAGAAACCUUUAUAUACUGGUUCUGGACCAAUCACUGGGUAUCAUGUUGAGUACGCUAAGACCGGCUCUUCUGACUGGACCACGGCUAAUGAGACAGCUGUCAGUCAACGCUUCCACAAGGUGACAGGUUUGGAAGCUGGUGCCAAUUACAUGUUCAGAAUCCGUGCUGUGAAUGAUGCCGGAAAAGGAAUGGCAUCAAUGCCCUCCGACCCUGUGACUGCCAAGACUGUGAAAGGUGCCCAGGAGGUGUCCUGCGGUGUGGAUGAGAAGACUGGUGACAUUGUUUUGUCUUUUGAGUCCUGCCAAAUGAAGGACGACUCUCAGUUUAUCUGGAAGAAAGAUUAUAAAGAGAUCACUGACUUUUCUAAAGGAGUAGUGAUAAAGACUGAAGGAAACCAGUCUAAACUUGUCUUUACCAGUGCCGACAAAGAGGACUUUGGCACAUACAGUGUCAGUGUCACCAAUACUGAUGGAGUUUCCUCCAGCUAUUCAAUUUCAGCGGAAGAGUUGGCCAAGAUGCUGGCACUGAGCUACGAUAUCAGACACCCAAUCAUCCCGCUGAAGACCGAGUUGGACUACAAGAUUCUGGAGAGAGGCCGAAUGAGGUUCUGGCUGCAGGCUGAGGAGAUUUCAUCCAAUGUCACCUACAAAUUCUUCGCUAACAACAAGGAACUGUCUGGAGCCAGUCCGAACAAGAUGGGUCAUGAUGUGGCCACAGGUGUGAUCGAGUUCAUCAUGGAUCAUUUCACUGAGGACAAUGAAGGCACAUUCACCUGUCAAAUCACAGACGGCGGCGGCAAAGCACAGAGCUCUCUGGUCCUGAUUGGAGACGCUUUCAAGGCAGCGCUGGCUGAGGCUGACUACCAGAGGAGAGAGUACAUCAGAGUCAAGGAGGGACCCCACUUCAGUGAGUUUCUGUCACUGCAGGUUGGAGAAGACUGCUCUGUAACUCUGGUCUGCAAGGUUGCUAAUCUGAAGAAGGAAUCUGAGUUCCACUGGUACAAAGAAGACACAGAGAUUAUCCCUGAUGUUAAACCCGAUCUGGGAUCAGGUGUCUGCAAACUCCCCAUCAAACUGUUUUCUCUGAAGACAACAGGCAUUUACAAAGCCACCAUCAGUGAUGACAGAGGAAAAGAUAUGAGCCAAAUUGAUGUCUCUGGAAAAGUGUUUGAGGAUGCCAUAAACAAGAUCAGCCAGCUGGCAGGAGCCAGUGCCGCAGAGCUUGUGAUUAACUGCACGGCCACAGGUAUCCAGCUGCAAUGCCACAUGAAGUACUACACGUCCGAGAUGAGCAUCACCUGGUACCACGGAGAGACUAAACUUGCUCACAAUGAGAAAUUUGUGAUCGGCGGAACCCCUGCGAUGGCAACAAUGGAGGUGAUUGAACCAGUGGACAAGGACAAGGGACUGUACUCUAUUGUGAUUGUGGACCCUGAAACGUCUCACAAGAGAACCCUAGACUUGAGUGGUGAAGCUUAUGAGAAAGCCUAUGCAGAGUUCCAGAAACUCAAGGCUGAAGCCUACGCUGAAAAGAACCGUGGUAAAGUGGUCGGAGGACUGCCUGAUGUUGUCACUAUAAUGGAGAAGAAGACCCUGAGUUUAACAUGUACAGUGUGUGGUGACCCCAAGCCUCAGGUCUCAUGGCUCAAGAACGGAGCAGACGUGGAGCCCGAUGAUCAGUACGUGGUCUCUCUGGAUCAGGGGAAGUUUGCCAGCCUGACCAUCAAAGGUGUCUCUAUGGAGGACUCUGGCAGAUACACCAUGAUUGUCCAGAACAAAUAUGGAGGGGAGUCCGUGGACAUAGUGGUCAGUGUGUACCGUCACGGUGAAAAGAUCCCCGAGGCCAAACCAACUCUGACUCCCAAGACCAUCAUCGCUCCAAAACUGCCCAUUGAGAUCCCUCAGCCUAAGACCCAGCCCACUGCCCCUAGCGCCGCCCCUAGCGCCGCCCCUAGCCCCGCCCCUGCCGCCUCAAGCCCCACCCCCAAGGCUGCAGGAAGAGGAGUGAAGAGUCCCACUCCCACAAGAAGGAAGUAGAAUGUGCCCCUAAAAAUAGAAAACCAACAUGAAAGCCUUUACUGAUGACUCCUUUGGGCCUGUGCCUGCUGACGAAAACAAAAUAGUACGAGAAAAUGGGAAAAAAUGACUGAACAUAUCUGAAAUAAAAUAAAACCUGCAAUUAUAAUAAAGCAAUUGCUGGGAAUAAGUAUUCACUACUUUGAUUAAAGUAAAACGUUACAGUAUACCCAUAUCUACAUACCGUUGUUCAUCACAGCUGAUGUUAGAAGGGCUCCUGUUAGUGGAACUCUUGAGUUUUCAUUUUAAUCCUGGUUUGGUCCUGCUCCAGGGGGUUUAGGUCUGGUCAUGUUAUAGUCAUAUUAGUCCUCUUGUUUUACACUUGAUUAACUCAUAUAGAUUAAAUUUGGUCCUUUGCGCCAUUGGGUUCCUGAUUAGUUUGUUUUAGUUUAUACUGGUAAGUCAUAUAUGUUAAUGAGUACUGAGUAGUAGUACAUCACAUUGAGUAGUGAGUAGUAGUGAUGUGGGAAGUAAGAGAAUAGCUGCCAUAGAGAUGUGAAGAAAGAAAACGUGUAGACAUGUCUAAUCCCCAUAAACGCCUGUGUUUCCUCUCUAAUACAUGAGUCUUCACCAGAUUCCUCCUCACACUCCCGGGCCACAGCCGCAGCCUUUGAAGGUGAGGCCAGAACGGUGGCUGUCGGAGAGGUGGGCUGUACUGCCUGUAGGGGAAGCCAGCUGUGCAUUUGAUCAAUGACUUGGCUCUGUCUCCUGACCAUGAAACCAGUUUUAUCCACAAAUAAACAAGUGCUUUAUUUACA